UAAUCUUCUCCUUAGCACUCACAACUCAUCACAUCCAAAGUACCAUAGCAAGUAGUUUCACAAUGGCUAGCACUAAGCUAGUAGCUCUUGGCUUCGUUGUUCUCUUGAGCAUGGGACUGGCCAAUGCCGCAAGGGUGUCUAGAUACUCGAGUUCCGACGGAAAUGGCAGCGGAGGGGGAGGGGGUACUGCGUAUGACAAUGGUGGUGCCGCAGGGUCUGGGAGCGGUUAUGGCGUCAGUCAGGGUGGUAGUAAUGGUGCCCAUGCAACUGCUGGAGGGAGCGGCGGCGGCGGUGGUUCUAGCCAAUAUGGUGGAUCGGCAUAUGGUUCUGGAAAUGGCUCAGGCUCAAGCUCUAGUCAGACUAGCAAUGGGGAAGGAGGUUAUGGUGGUGAGUCCGAUGCCGGUGGUGGUGGCGGUGGAGGAGGACAAGGACAGGCUGGAGGAUAUGGUUCAACUGGUAGUGGAUCUGGUAGUGGAUCUGGCUCUGGUUAUAGCAAUGCUAAUAAUAAUUGGUAUGGGUCAAGUGCGGGAGCGGGUGCUAGUGGUAAUGGUGGAGGCAAUGGCAAUGGUGAAAAUGGCGGGAAUGGUAGUGGUGCAGGAGGUGGGUCUGGGUAUGGUAAUGCCUCUCCAUAAUUACCUUUAUUCAAUCAGUUCAAAGUUGGAGCCCAACUAAUAGUGUUGAAUCCGUGUAUUUUUAUCGUACUUGUUAUGUCUACUUGGUAGCUACAAAUAAAGGGCUCUGUUGCUUUCGAAGAUGUACCCCUGUACUUGGUAGAUUGUGUCACUUUACUCGGUUAUUUAUCAUAAUGAAAAAUACUUGUUCUACACAUGAACUUUUUCAA